GUUCGGCUUUCAUCCACAGAGAGUUCAACCCCCCCACCCCCUGGCGAUGAUUUAAAGGAAAACAAAAGCCCACCGCCAAUUCUUUCAUCUCUGGGAAACAGGUGGGACCUGAAGACGUUUGCUUGUCUUCCUCAGCCCGGCUGGCGAAGCUGGGCCAACUGCUGUGACUGAGUGAGAGACCAGGUGCCGUCAUGUUCUGCUAUAGGAAGAAACCACCCGAGGUGGAACGAAUUGUGAAAGCCAACGAUCGCGAAUAUAAUGAAAAGUUCCAGUAUGCGGUGGUCUGGAGUGGCACAGUAAGGGAAUUAAAGAAUCCAGUUGAACUCAAACACUCUGAGGAUAAUCGGAUCCACACCUCCAAGUACAACAUUAUCACCUUCUUGCCAAUUAAUUUAUUUGAACAGUUCCAAAGGGUGGCAAAUGCCUAUUUCCUUUUCCUCCUGAUAUUACAGCUAAUUCCAGAAAUCUCCUCCUUGACUUGGUUUACCACCAUCGUGCCUUUGGUCCUGGUGAUAACUAUGACUGCUGGAAAAGACGCCACAGAUGAUUAUUUUCGUCACAAGAGUGAUAAUCAAGUGAAUAAUCGGCAGUCUGAGGUGCUCAUUGAUGGCAAACUGCAGAAUGAAAAAUGGAUGAAUGUCAAAGUGGGAGACAUCAUUAAACUAGAAAAUAACCAAUUUGUUGCUGCUGAUUUGCUUCUUCUAUCAAGCAGUGAGCCCCACGGUCUCUGUUACAUUGAAACCGCUGAGCUUGAUGGGGAAACAAACCUUAAAGUUCGUCACGCGCUCUCUGUCACCUCAGAACUUGGAGCAGACAUCAGCAGGCUUGCAAAGUUUGAUGGGACUGUGGUCUGUGAGGCACCUAACAACAAACUGGAUAAGUUCACGGGCGUCCUCUCCUGGAAGGACAGCAAGCAUUCGCUCAACAACCAGAAGAUAAUCCUGAGAGGCUGCGUCCUGAGGAACACCGGCUGGUGCUUCGGGAUGGUUAUUUUCGCAGGUCCUGACACUAAACUCAUGCAGAACAGUGGUAAGACAAAGUUUAAAAGGACAAGCAUUGACAGAUUGAUGAACACACUAGUGCUGUGGAUUUUUGGGUUUUUGGUAUGCUUGGGAAUUAUUCUUGCAAUAGGAAAUUCUAUCUGGGAGAAUCAAGUAGGAGGCCAGUUCAGAACUUCGCUCUUUCGGAAUGAAGAAAAGAAGAAUUUCGUCUUCUCAGGAUUCUUAACGUUCUGGUCAUACAUUAUUGUUCUUAAUACAGUUGUGCCCAUUUCAUUAUAUGUGAGUAUGGAGGUGAUUCGCCUGGGACACAGUUAUUUCAUAAACUGGGACCGGAAGAUGUAUUACUCUGGGAAGGCGGCACCCGCUGAAGCUCGCACAACCACGCUCAACGAGGAACUGGGCCAAAUUGAAUAUGUUUUCUCUGACAAAACGGGCACCCUCACUCAAAACAUCAUGACUUUUAAAAAAUGCUCCAUCAAUGGGAGAAUAUAUGGUGAAGAAUAUGGAGACCCAGUUCAGAAGAAAGAAAUAACGAAGAAAAAAGAGCCUGUGGAUUUCUCAGAGAAAUCUCAAGCAGAGAGAUCACUUCAGUUCUUUGACCACAGUCUGAUGGAAUCCAUCAAAUCGGGAGACCCCAAAGUGCACGAAUUCUUCAGAGUGCUCGCUCUCUGCCACACUGUGAUGUCAGAGGAGGAUAGCUCAGGAAAGCUGAUCUACCAAGUUCAAUCACCCGAUGAAGGGGCCCUGGUAACUGCUGCUAGAAACUGUGGCUUUAUUUUUAAGUCUCGGACUCCAGAUUCAAUAACAAUAGAAGAAUUGGGAACACUUGUUACUUAUCAAUUGCUUGCCUUUUUGGAUUUCAACAAUAUCAGGAAAAGGAUGUCUGUCAUAGUUCGAAACCCAGAAGGGCAGAUAAAGCUUUAUUCUAAAGGAGCAGACACGAUCCUGUUUGAAAGACUGCAUCCUUCCAGCAAGGACCUUCUGUCGCUGACGUCAGACCAUCUCAGCGACUUCGCAGGGGAAGGCCUUCGGACCUUGGCGAUCGCCUACAAAGAUCUGGAUGACAAGUACUUCAAAGAGUGGCAUAAGAUGCUCGAGGUUGCAAGUGCUGCUGCCCAUGAGAGGGACGACCAGAUAUCUCAGCUGUAUGAGGAAAUUGAAAGAGAUCUGAUGCUACUAGGUGCCACUGCUGUAGAAGAUAAAUUACAAGAAGGUGUGAUAGACACUAUUGCAAGUUUAUCGCUAGCCAAUAUUAAGAUCUGGGUUCUAACAGGAGACAAACAAGAAACUGCCAUCAACAUCGGUUAUGCCUGCAACAUGCUGACCGAGGACAUGAAUGAUGUGUUCGUGGUAGCAGGGAACACUGUUGGGGAAGUGAGAGAAGAGCUCAGGAAGGCAAAGGAAAGUUUGCCUGGACAAAACCACAGCAUUCUCAAUGCCCAUGCAGCCUGUGGAAAAGAGCAACAGUUGGAGAUGGCCUCGGUGGGAGAAGAAGACACUGCCCCAGGGGACUAUGCCUUGGUCAUCAAUGGCCACAGUUUGGCCCAUGCCCUUGAAAGCGACGUCAAGAGCGACCUCUUGGAGCUCGCCUGCCUGUGUAAGACUGUGAUCUGCUGCAGAGUCACCCCACUCCAGAAAGCGCAAGUGGUAGAACUGGUGAAAAAGCACAGAAAUGCUGUCACUCUGGCCAUCGGCGAUGGGGCCAACGAUGUCAGCAUGAUUAAAAGUGCUCACAUUGGCGUCGGCAUCAGCGGCCAGGAAGGGCUUCAGGCAGUCUUGGCCAGCGACUACUCCUUUGCCCAGUUUAGAUACCUGCAGAGGCUUCUCCUCGUCCAUGGAAGGUGGUCCUAUUUCCGAAUGUGCAAAUUCCUGCGCUAUUUCCUCUACAAGAAUUUUGCAUUUACACUUGUGCAUUUCUGGUACGGUUUCUUCUGUGGAUUCUCAGCCCAGACUGUGUAUGACCAGUGGUUCAUCACUCUUUUCAACAUUGUCUACACAUCAUUACCAGUUUUGGCCAUGGGGAUUUUUGACCAGGAUGUGAGUGACCAGAACAGCAUGGACUGUCCCCAGCUCUAUGAACCUGGGCAGCUGAACCUACUUUUUAACAAGCAUAAAUUCUUCAUCUGCAUGGCGCAUGGAAUCUACACCUCAUUAGCCCUUUUCUUCAUCCCCUACGGGGCCUUUUACAGUGCAGCUGGAGAAGACGGACAGCAUGUGGCUGACUACCAGUCCUUCGCCGUUACCAUGGCCACUUCUCUGGUCUUUGUGGUCAGUGCGCAGAUAGCCUUGGACACCAGUUACUGGACUGUCAUUAACCAUGUCUUCAUCUGGGGCAGCAUUGCUACUUACUUCUGCAUUUUAUUUACAACGCACAGUAGUGACAUUUUUGGAAUGUUCCCAAACCAGUUCCCAUUUGUUGGAAAUGUAUGGCAUUCCUUGACCCAGAAGUGCGUCUGGCUUGUUAUUCUCUUAACAACUGUCGCCUCGGUUAUGCCAGUGGUGGCGUUCAGGUUUCUGAAGGUGGAUUUAUACCCAACUUUGACUGACCAGAUCCGUCAGAGGCAGAAGGCUCAGAAAAAGGCAAAGCCUGUAAGGAGGCAAAGGCCUCAGACCCGUAGGUCAAGCUCAAGAAGAUCUGGCUACGCUUUCGCUCAUCAAGAAGGCUACGGAGAGCUUAUCACAUCUGGAAAAAAUAUGCGAGCUAAAACUCCACCCCCAACAUCAGGGUUGGAAAAGCCACUUUAUAAUAGCACUAGCUGGCUUGAAAAUUUAUGUAAGAAAACCACAGACACAUUGAGCAGCUUUAGUCAGGAGAAAACAGUGAAACUGUGAGUCAGGAUGAAUUUGAACCACACUUAUCUUUCACUUCAGCUGGAGCUGGAUUUCAGCUGCUCGGGGCUGAGGAGCGGGGCGGAUGGGCUCACUCAGCCUCACUCUGUGGCACAGAGCUGCUAAUGCCUGUCAAGUCAGGGCAUGCUGUGCAGGAAACCGGGCCAGAUGGUCACUGUCCAGUCUGCCGUUUGAUGGACCAAAACCUUGCAGUUCAAGUACGGAUUUUUCUCAACCUCGAUGUGGGAUCUUUUCUAUGCAGAGAGCCUUGUACAUCUGUGUGGAUACUGAACGGAUCCCCAGGUGGAUAAAUGGGUGCAUUCCAAAGGUGUAUAUCCCAGCUGAGGGCCACACUUGUUGACAGAUAAACCGUUUACAUGAAGAGCAGACAUUCUUUCCCAGAGCAGCUUCCAAGACAAAGUUCUGUGUAUGCCAAGGUGUGUUUAGACAAAGCAUCGCAUAUCCGUCCCUAGUCUUCACUUCUACCUUUCUGUUCCACCAGGGACACAAAUCCCUUGCAAGGCUGAAAAGGAGAUAGACUUGCUUGUAUUCUUUUUUUCUACCUAAGGGUAAGGUAGACUAAACAUGUUUACAGCAGGGUAAAUGGGUCACUUGAUCAGAUUUAUUCAAAAGUUCUCAGACUGUGUUCUGGAUGGCCAUGCCCACAAAAUAUCAAAGAGUGCUCUGGAGUAAGUAUUCUAAAUAUGUUUCAGUGACUUCUAUAUCAAACUCAGUAAUAAUUUGCUAACCAUCAUCCAGAGCAUGGAUGGAGUCAGCAAAGCAUUGUGAUUUCAUACUUUCUUUUUGUUUGUUUUUUGGUACCAGGAAUCGAACUCAUGACCUCACGCUUGCCAGGCAAGCGCUUGCGCCACUGAGCUAUAUCCCCGGCCUUCAAUGAGCGCAUUCCAUAUUCUCUAUGAUUUCACACUUCAAUGAGCGUAUUCCAUAUACUCGCUGGGCAAAUGCUCCCAACCUUUCCAGUUUUUAAAACUUGAAAUGGAAACAAGUCAAUAAAUAGUCUCUUCAAUUACUAUUUAAAUACUCAGGUGUAGCACAUUCAUAACAACUGUCAUGUUUAUAAUUCAAACAUAUAAACCUAUGUACAUGAGGUUGAUGUUCUGGCAAUGUUCCAGCCCAAAUUUUUAGUCUACUUGUGAGUCACUAAUGUGGUUCCUGGAAAGGACUUUAGGAAAAUUUGUGUUCCACUCCCAGCUCUGUUGCUUCUCACCUCUGCAAGCUGGGUAGGUAAUGUGCCUUCUCCAAGACUCAGUUUCCUCGUCUGUGAAAUGAGAACCUACUACCUACCUCAUAUGGCUGAUGACGUCAAAGCAUGGAUUCUCGAAUCACUGAAAACUUCAUUCUCACAUGAACAUAUGAAUCAAGCUUCAUGAACUCAUCAUCAGAAUAACAGCGAUUUGCAGACAAUAUGAAUAGCUGGAAUCUCAGUACUCAGUGGGGAAGACUUUGAUGAAAUGAGAUCGCUCAGGAAGGUUUAAGCCUGAAUAUUGUCCUACAGGGAAAUAAAACUAUAACCUUGGAAGAAAAUUUCUCUAUCAGAAAACAAAAGUAAAUUAUCAUACCUUAUUAGUUUUCUACAAAUCAACUUCUAACUUUAUGGGUUCCUUAAUCUGAUUCUUAUUGAAUUAUUGGUCAAACAGAAUUACAUUUCUCAAGAGAGACUGGUGGUUUUCUAUCUCUCUCUCCAAGCCUGGGCGAAUUUUUGCUGAAUGGAACCCAAUGAGAUAACAUGCAUAGAAGAUAAUAUAAUAAGGAUAAUACGUCUGCAGUGCUUUGACUACAGUAAAUGCUCCUAGGUAUUUCUUUCUCCUCUCGGAACCCGUCCAGCCUUACCAUGCUGCUUGUGCCUAAUGUUUCACCUGUCAUCAGUUCCACAGUGUUUGCUUCCUUCUGCAACAGUUUUGAAAAAUUUCAGUAAAUGUCUUUGCACUAUUGUCA